UUUUGCUUCAAUUUCUCUGUGGCAUUGACGUCGAUUUGAUUGAGGCUAAGGCCUGGUUCUUUCCGAAUUAGAGCAGCUAUUGAUAUCAAAGGGGCUCGGAUUUGAAUGGAGGGAGAUAGCAUUACUCGAUUUGAGUCCUCUGCGUUUUCGUUUGUUGGUUAUGAGUUCUGAGCCUUGUGGAGCUCGGAAGAGAUAUGGCCCUCAUUCGGAGAGUUUCGUCGAGCUUUCCUCGAGUUGUUGGGUUUGCUAACAGGUCCUUGUAUUCUUUGAAUUCUCCUUGUGAGUCGUUGGACUCCCCGACCUCGUCCUCUUUUAUUCAUGGAUUCCAUGUCUUCCAUUGUCCUGAUGCUGUGGGAAUCGUUGCUAAGUUGUCGGAGUGUAUAGCUUCAAGAGGGGGAAACAUACUAAAUGCUGAUGUUUUUGUACCUGAAAACAAGAGCGUCUUCCAUUACAGAAGCCAGUUCCUUUUUGAUCCUCGUAAAUGGCCAAGGAUGCAAAUGGAUGAAGAUUUCCUUAGGAUUUCAAAAUUAUUUAACGCUUGGAAAUCAGUUGUCCGGGUGCCAGAUCAAGACACCAAAUAUAAGAUUGCGAUUCUUGCUUCAAAAUAUGAUCAUUGUCUGGUUGACCUACUUCAUCAAUGGCAAGGAGGGAACCUACAAGUGGAAAUAACUUGUGUUGUCAGUAAUCAUGAGAGAGCCCCCAAUACCCAUGUGAUGUGCUUUCUUGAAAGGCAUGGUAUUGCUUAUCAUUAUUUGCAAACAUACAAUGACAAUAAGAGAGAAGGAGAGAUAUUGGAAUUGGUGAAGAAUACUGAUUUUUUAGUACUUGCCAGGUACAUGCAGGUAUUAUCUGGUGAUUUCUUGAGGAGCUAUGGGAAUGAUAUAAUUAACAUCCACCAUGGUCUCUUGCCUUCAUUCAAAGGCAGUAAUCCUUCAAAACAGGCGUUUAAUGCUGGCGUAAAGUUAAUUGGUGCUACGGCCCAUUUUGUGACCGAAGAACUUGAUGCUGGACCCAUCAUUGAGCAGAUGGUUGAAAGGGUUUCCCACAGAGAUAAUUUGCAGAGCUUUGUACAAAAGUCAGAGAACCUAGAAAAGCAAUGCCUAACAAACGCAAUUAAAUCAUACUGUGAACUGCGCGUCUUACCAUACGAGAAGAACAGGACUGUCGUCUUUUAAGAGAAUGAUGAAGUAUUUUUCAAUCAAUAUACUCUUGUAAGUAUACUCUUCAUAUAUUGAAUUCAAAUUUCAAUUUAUGGAUACCUAUACCUCUACCUUGACUUGUUUCAACUGAACUUCCAAGUUACAAAAUGAAUAAAUAGAUCUUUUUAACUCUCGUUUUUGCAAUUUUAGAAAUGUUGAAGUUUGACAGCUAAAUAUUUCACAUUAUCUUUGAAUGUUUGGUCUGAGAACAUUUGAGGAUGUCUGAGUUUUGAAUUUGGGGAACUGUUAGAUUCUAGCCAAGUGUUUCAGGCUGUUAGGACCCUUUUGUAUUCUGUUUGGGGCAACUGAACUUAUAUUAAGACAUUUGAAAGGAUCUCUCUGC